GCAGGCUCUGGGAGGGAGAACGCGCGACACCCAUUCCCUGUGCUCUCUUGGGCCACUUGCGAGCCUCGCGGAAGCCCGUUGCCCCACUUGGCCACCCGCUCCGUGAUCUCUCCUUGCGCCUACCUCCUCUUGUCACCUCCCGUCUCACCCUCCUCGCUCCAUCGCCCCCACCGCAUCCACAGCCAUCCCAGCGCCUCUGAGAGCAGAAGGUGCUGCGCCGGGCUGCAGGGCGCGCCCUCAAAAGGUCCCCAGCUCGACAUUGGGGGGCCACGGGCGACAGCAUGGACACCAAGCGCUGCUUCGCCAACCGCUUCGAUGACUACCAGGGCAGCCUGCUGGCGGGCCAGUGCGAGGAAGCUGUGGCGCCCUUGGUCACCUCCACCAUCGAACGCAUCCUUCAGGAGCUGCCCCCGCUGGGGGGCGGCGCUGAGGCCCGAGGGGCUACGGCGGCUGGCAGCAGCUGCCAGGGGGGUCUGUAUAGCGGCGUGGCCGGGGUGGCCUACAUGCUCUACCACGUCUCGCAAAGCCCGCUCUUCGCCGGGGCCCGAGAGCGCUACCUGCGCUCCGCCAAGCGCCUCAUCGACGCCUGCUCCUGUUCCGAGGAGUGGGGCGAGCCGGACGCUGACACCCGCGCCGCCUUCCUGCUCGGGGGCGCGGGCGUGCACGCGGUGGCCACACUCGUGUACCACGCCCUGGGCCGUUCCGACUAUGUGCAGCCCCUCGGCAAGUUCCGGGCUCUGUGCGCCGUCUGCGCGCCCGUCUCCUUCCUGGAGUGUGGCUCCGACGAGCUGUUCGUGGGCCGCGCCGGCUACCUGUGCGCCGCGCUGGUGCUCAAGCAGAAACUCGCCCAGGAGGUACUGACCCCAGCACAAAUUAAAUCAAUAUGCCAGGCGAUUCUGGACUCUGGAAAGCAGUAUGCCCUAAAGAAGAGAAAACCAUUCCCCCUGAUGUAUUCUUACUAUGGAACUGAAUACUUGGGGGCAGCUCAUGGCCUGUCAUCCAUUCUCCAGAUGCUUCUUUCUUACCAUGAGCAUCUCAAGCCUUCAGAUCGGGAGCUGGUGUGGCAGAGUGUGGACUUCCUCAUGGAACAGGAACAGAAUUGCAACUGGCCACCUGAGCUUGGAGAGACCAUCGAGAGAGAGAACGAACUGGUCCAUUGGUGCCACGGUGCUCCAGGAAUUGCUUAUCUGUUUGCCAAAGCUUAUCUCGUUUCCAAGAAACCACAGUACCUGGACACAUGUAUCCGGUGUGGGGAGCUAACAUGGCAGAAAGGCCUGCUGAAGAAGGGGCCAGGGAUUUGCCACGGUGUAGCUGGUAGUGCCUAUGUCUUCCUUCUGCUGUACCGUCUUACAGGAAACUCCAAAUACAUCUACCGUGCCCAAAGGUUUGCUCAGUUUUUAUUCACGGAAGAAUUCAAAGCUGGUUCCCGGGUCCUUGAAAGCAUUUACAGCUUGUAUGAAGGCUUCUCUGGCACUGUUUGCUUUCUCAUUGAUUUGCUACAGCCCAAUCAGGCUGAAUUCCCUCUCUUCAGCGUCUUUGUGUAGAAGGCUCCAUAUCCCAUUGCAGCCUGGCAGAAGUCCCCCGAGAUUUCCUGAGCCUCCUCUGGGCAGUAUUCCACCUAAUCCACAUCCAAUGGUAUCAAAACCAUGAGCUUUCACAUCGCUGCCAGAAGUAUGAGAUCAGCCUGAAGAAGACAGCGUGAUACCAGACUGCAGAGAGAACCUGCCAAACAAAGAUGCCACAACUCAUCUAAAAAUCACAGAUUUCACAUUUCAGGGGAAUGAUGUAAAACCCAAGAUCAGAGAGAAAAGCAAAA